GAGGAGCCCCAGAAAACUCAAGACUACUGAUUUCCGACAAGGAGAGAAAGUUCGAGAAAACAGAUGGCAGUGCAUAAAAAACAGUGGCUAGUAAGCACAGAGAGAUAGCUAGGGUUUGCACUCGGCGCGACCUAGAGGGCAGGACGGUCGUGCUCAAGGGGCGGGGGCUCUGGCCCUGGGCCUGCCUGGGGCGGGCCAGCCGGCGGGGCAUUUAAAUCGCUGCUGACGUCUGGCGGAGACGCGCGCCGGCUCUGCACCCUCCCUAACCCCAGCUUCGAGUACCGGCGCCGCAAGAUGCGGUCUUCCCUGGCUCCGGGUAUCUGGUUCCUCCGUGCCUUCUCUAGGGACAGCUGGUUCCGUGGCUUCAUCCUGCUGCUCACCUUCUUCAUUUAUGCCUGCUAUCACAUGUCCAGAAAACCCAUCAGCAUCGUUAAGAGCCGCCUGCACCAGAACUGCUCAGAGGUGGUCAGACCCGUUAACGACACCCACGAUCUCAAUGAUACCACCUGGUGCAGCUGGAGUCCAUUUGACAAAGAUGACUACAAGGAGUUACUGGGCGCUGUGGACAAUGCCUUCCUAGUGGCUUAUGCCAUCGGCAUGUUUAUUAGUGGGAUCUUUGGUGAGCGGCUGCCCCUGCGUUACUACCUCUCGGCUGGAAUGGUGCUGAGUGGCCUGUUCACCUCGCUCUUUGGCCUGGGGUACUUCUGGAAUAUCCACAUGCUCUGGUACUUUGUGCUCAUUCAGAUCUGUAACGGGCUUGUUCAGACCACGGGCUGGCCAUCUGUGGUGACCUGUGUCGGCAACUGGUUUGGGAAGGGAAAGCGGGGAUUCAUCAUGGGCAUCUGGAACUCUCACACGUCUGUGGGCAACAUUCUGGGCUCCCUGAUCGCAGGAGUCUGGGUGAACCAGCACUGGGGCCUGUCAUUCAUCGUGCCUGGGAUUAUCACUGCUAUCAUGGGUGUCAUCACCUUCCUCUUUCUUAUUGAAUAUCCAGAAGAUGUGGACUGUACCCCCCCUCAGCAUCAUGGUGACCUGGAGAAGGAACAGGACAAUCUUGAGGAUCCCGUGAAUAGUCCCUACAGUAGCAGGGAGAGUAAUAUGGACAGUGCAGCUAGAUCCUCCAAGGAGCAGGGCCCUGAGCCUGAAGCCAUCAGUUUCCUGGGGGCACUCAAAAUCCCGGGUGUGAUCGAGUUCUCUCUAUGUCUGCUCUUUGCCAAGUUGGUCAGCUACACCUUUCUCUACUGGCUGCCCUUGUACAUCGCCAAUGUGGCUCACUUUAGUGCCAAGGAGGCCGGGGACCUCUCCACGCUCUUCGAUGUUGGUGGCAUCAUAGGUGGCAUCGCGGCAGGGCUCAUCAGCGACUACACCAGUGGCAGGGCCACCACUUGCUGCGUCAUGCUCAUCUUGGCUGCUCCCAUGAUGUUCCUGUACAACUACAUUGGUCAGAAUGGGAUAACCAGUUCCAUAGUGAUGCUAAUUAUCUGUGGGGUCCUGGUCAAUGGCCCUUAUGCACUCAUUACCACAGCUGUCUCUGCUGACCUGGGCACACACGAGAGCCUGAAGGGUAAUGCCAAGGCCCUCUCCACUGUCACAGCCAUCAUUGACGGCACCGGCUCCAUAGGUGCGGCUCUGGGGCCCCUGCUGGCUGGGCUCAUUUCCCCCACAGGCUGGAACAACGUGUUCUACAUGCUCAUCUCUGCCGACGUCUUGGCUUGCUUGCUCCUCUGCAGGCUGGUGUACAAAGAGAUCCUGGCCUGGAGGACCCGGAGCAGAAACAGUGGGUACAAACAAAUCUGAGGCCUCAAUCGGAAGAGCAGCGUGGGUCGUCCCUGCUGGGUCCCCAGCAGGCUCCACGAGCAAGAGAACAGAAACGCCCAUCCCAGGGUGAGGCAAAGCCUCCUCCCGAUCUAACCAGUCCAGUCCAAAACCGCCCUGCCACUAGGGAAGGGUACGAAGCCUCUGUGGGGACCACUGAGCACCCACUGUGGGAAAGUGGCCGACUUCGAGGCCUGAGCUCAGGAAACCGCCAUCAGAAUCAGUGGGCUGAACACAGAAAGGACGGGCAGGUUCAGACUCUUGCUUGUUUGGAUUCCAAGGCCUAGAAAAGGUGCAUCUCUCCUUCCCAUGUUAAAUUAUAACCUCUAAUUAUCCUGUACCUACGAGGGAUUCAGCCUUGUUUCAAAGGUGCCAGCCGGGCCUCUCUGUGUCUCUGUCCGUGAAUUACGCUUUCUGUAUUUCCCCAAGUAGGACCCUCUUGAUCUGUCCUCCCCUCGAUCCUGUUAAUAACUCGGCCACUUUGAAGCAUUAGCCACCGCCCUUGCAGAGCCAAGGCUCGGAUGGGGUACGGGAGCUGUUGUGAGUACUGAAUGUAGGGGAACUCACUCUUGGGCUCUUGACCAUGCCCACUCUCCCAGCCCAGUACCUCCCUUGCCUCACCCUGAAGAUGCCUCAGUGGAUGAAGACACUGGGGGCAGUGCUAUGAAGAGGAAGGGGUGUUGUAUACAACUGCAAAUGCCAGUGUGAAGUAAGCACUGGGCACUCACACCCUGGCAGCUCUCCUGUGAGAAGGAACAGGAAGUGACUAUGGAAAGGACUUAACCCUGAGCACAGGUGCCAACUUCAGCAAGAAAUGAAGAUACACUGGAAACAUCCGAGGAACCGCUACUGAGCAGUUGCUAGGAGACAUCUUGCAGCCACCCUCUGCCUGGUGUUCUGAUGCCACGUGCCUUCCACUCUGAGUCCUGGUUCACAACAUGCCAGGCUGACUCCUGGCAUUUCCGCCUGACCUCUAAGCUGCCCGUCAGCACCAAUACAGAUUUCCUUUGCCAACU